AGCAUGCCAAGCGCCUUGGCCAAGUUGAGAGAAGGCAGAGCUCGGACAAGCCGCACUAGUCCCAAUAUGGCCUAGCGGCUUAGCCCUUCGGUUAGGGCUUUCGCUUUUCCACAACUGUAGAGUUCCCGAAAUUUUGUGCCUCCCGACUCUCAACACGGCCGAUUCCUUCGACAGUACUAACAACAGGAGUUCGAGGCUGGUGCGUAUAUCCCGCUUCUCGCGAAGACACGGUUUGCAUUUAUCUGCUUCACUCAGCCUCGAUUUUACACUGCCGAAUUUCAUUGGCAACGAGGUGCUGACCUGCGAGAUUGCACAGGCAAAAUGGGUGCCCUUAAGUACCUCGAGGAGCUUUCGAAGAAGAAGCAGAGCGAUGUCGUUCGCUUCCUUCUUCGGGUUCGCUGCUGGGAGCUCCGCCAGUUGAACGUCAUCCAUCGUGCCUCGAGGCCCAGCCGCCCGGACAAGGCUCGCCGUCUCGGCUACAAGGCCAAGCAGGGCUAUGUCAUCUACCGCGUGCGUGUCCGCCGUGGUGGCCGCAAGAGGCCCGUUCCCAAGGGUGCCACCUAUGGCAAGCCCACCAACCAGGGUGUGAACCAGCUGAAGUACCAGCGCUCGCUCAAGGCCACCGCUGAGGAGCGUGUCGGCCGCCGCUGCGCCAACCUUCGCGUCCUGAACUCCUACUGGAUCAACCAGGAUUCGACCUACAAGUACUACGAGGUCAUCCUCGUCGACCCUCAGCACAAGGCCAUCCGCCGCGACCCCCGCAUCAACUGGAUCGUCAACCCCGUGCACAAGCACCGCGAGGCUCGCGGUCUCACCGCCACCGGCAAGAAGUCGCGCGGCCUCAACAAGGGCCACCGCUACAACAAGACCCGCGCCGGCCGGAGAAAGACCUGGAAGCGCCACAACACCCUCUCCCUGUGGCGCUACCGGUAAAUGUCGCGCACCAGAAGUGGGCGACCCUAAUGGAUAUUGCGUCGGCGAUGGUAUUCCGGCUCUGGCUCUUCUGCUUUGUGCGGUGAAAUGGCAUAUCGAACGGGCUGGCUUGCCCGGGGGCUAC